AUGUUGGUUAUCGACGGUGUUCACUCUAGAACAUGCUUGCCAGCUUACAACGCCCAAAUCAGCUAUUCUGGUUGCUAUAGUGACUUCGGCGAUCGUCGAAUCCUCCAAGACCAGUUCAUGGACUUGGGAAGCCUUAACAGUCCCCAGUAUUGCGCUGACCUUUGCGGGUCUGACGGAUAUGAGUACAGUGGCGUCGAGUACACCACGCAGUGCUUCUGCGCACACGCCAUUGCCGAGUCCGCCCAGAAAAUUGACGAGAGCAAGUGUAAUGCCAAAUGCCCCGGUAAUUCAAAGAUUUCCUGUGGAGGUAACCUCGCGAUCAAUGUAUACGCAAUUAAAAACCCCAAAAACCCUCCAAGAAGCCUAAUGCUAGCAGACUGCACUCGGCAACCGCUCUGUUCUAAUGACGUCUGUGAUACCGGAAAGAGCAUUCAAGACAGAGCAGCUGCUCUCAUCAAGGAGAUGACGCUGGAUGAAAAGAUCGCGAACAGUGGAAGUAUGGACUGGUUUGGCCCGGUCGCGGGGGUCCUAAGGCUUGGUUUGCCUCAAUAUCGUUGGGCCAACGAGGCCUUACACGGCGUCGCUCGAGGUACUACUCAAUUCAACACUCCAUUCGGAGCGAAUUUCAGCGCUGCGACCAGCUUCCCCAUGCCCAUCUCAAUGGGUGCCGCAUUUGACGACUCAUUGAUCAACGAAGUGGCAACUACGAUCGGCACAGAGGCUCGUGCCUUUGCAAAUAGCGGACGUAUGGGCUUUGAUUACUGGACGCCAAAUAUCAACCCGUACCGCGAUCCCCGCUGGGGCAGAGGUCAGGAGACCCCUGGAGAAGACUCUUAUCAUAUUCAAAAAUACGUCUACAAUUAUGUGAGCGGCUUGCAGGGUGGUGUCAAUCCAGAAGUCUACAAAGUCUUGGCAACUUGCAAGCACUAUGCCGCUUACGAUAUUGAAACGGGUAGAUUUACGAUUGAUGUCCGCCCGACCUUGCAGGAUAUGGCAGAAUACUACCUCCCGAUCUUUCGGACGUGCGUUAGAGAUGCCAAAGCUGCCUCUAUCAUGUGUGCCUAUAACGCAGUUAAUGGUUCGCCUGCUUGCGGAAGCAAGUAUCUUCUCAAAGACAUCCUUCGUGACCACUGGAGUUUUAACGAGCCAUUCAACUACGUUGUCUCUGACUGCGACGCCGUUCAUAACACCAAGUUUUACGCUGACGAUGUCGAGGGCGCAGCUGUCUCGUUAAACGCGGGUACCGAUCUUGACUGUGGAACUACAUAUCCUCGGAACUUGCAUGAUAGUAUUGCGUCUAAUGGCACUACAGAGGCGACACUCGACAAGUCCCUGAACCGACUCUAUUCAGCCUUGAUCAAGGUUGGAUAUUUCAAUCCUCCUGAACAAUAUAAUUCUCUUGGCUGGAAAGAUGUCAACACCACACAAGCUCAGCAACUUGCACACCGCGCUGCUACCGAGGGAAUGGUUCUACUUAAGAACGACGGCAUUCUUCCACUAUCCAAGAAUCUUUCGAAGGUAGCAGUGAUCGGGCCAUGGGCCGAUGCGACGACCGAAAUGCAAGGCAGUUCUGGUUAUCGUGGCAUUGCGCCGGUUCCCAUCAUUAGCCCACUCAGCGCUUUCCAAAGCCACUGGUCCGUCGUGAAAUACAGUCGGGGUACAGGCAUCAAUACGGAGAACGGAGAGGAUUUAGAUGCAAUCGAAGUAGCUAAGGCGUCGGAUUACAUCCUAUAUCUAGGAGGAAUCGAUGGGUCUAUUGAGGACGAGGGCAACGAUCGGCUUGACAUAGCCUGGCCGCGCAAUCAGCUGGACCUAGUCUCCAAACUAUCCGCCCUUGGGAAGCCUCUAAUCAUUGUUCAGUUUGGCGGUGGCCAGGUAGAUGACUCUGACCUAGUUAAGAAUUCCAAUGUCAACGCAAUAUUAUGGGCAGGGUACCCAGGUCAAGCAGGCGGGAAUGCCCUUUUCGAUGUUCUUACAGGCGUAGCACCUCCGGCUGGAAGACUGCCCGUCACACAGUAUGCUGCAAGCUAUAUCAAUGGCAACAACAUCAAGGAUAUGACCAUGCGGCCGAGCUCGGGCGUUCCAGGAAGAACAUAUAAGUGGUAUACGGGCGAGCCUGUUUUCCCGUUCGGUUACGGUCAGCACUAUACCAACUUUUCCAUUUCCUGGCAGUCAACGCCGAGCGAAGCAUCCUAUAAUAUCGGGACACUGGUAAAAAAUACUCGGGGUUUCAAGGACCUGGCCAAGUUUGUGGACCUUGUUGUAAAUGUCAACAAUACGGGAGGAAACACAAACCUCUCUUCGGACUAUGUCGGCUUGCUAUUCCUGUCUUCCAAUGCUGGGCCUUCACCACGUCCGAUCAAGCAACUUGCUGCGUACGGGCGUCUAUACAAGAUUAGUGUUGGCUUCACUAAGCAGUUAAAACUUACAGUUAAUCUGGGCUCGUUGGCGAGAGCGGAUAGUAACGGCGACCUAUAUAUCUAUCCCGGAGAUUAUACUCUGGCUCUGGAUAGUGACACCAAGAUCACUUGGAAGUUUACGUUGACUGGUCAGGCGACCAAGAUCGACACCCUUCCGAGACAAUCCCCGUAG